AUGACUUUUGACACACGUAGAUUUAUAGAACGCUUAAUUAAUGUGUAUACAGCACCUAAUGACUCACAAGAAAGUCGUUUUCUACUUAUUCUAAAGUCAAAUAUUACAGUUGGAGUUGAUUUAUGGAUACAAUAUAAAAAACGUACAACAAACAUAAACACAAGAAGAAAAGAAGUGAUUAAACAAUGGGAUGAAUCACCUACUUCUUCGUGUGGCAUGGAUGCAUUUGUCACACUGUUAAAUCCAUCUUCAUAUAAUCCAGAAUUGUUCGAGUGUUUGGCCGAGGCAGUGACACCUUCAAGGGAGUUGGUUAUACGUUGGAUGGCACCAUAUCUUCGACGAUUUAGUAAAUACAUUCCGCCACAGAAUAUGUGGCUUUGCGAUCAAAAACGUAUGGGACCAGAAUAUAUGAAUAGAGAUGUUGGGGAAAUGUAUUUAAGACAAGGAAUUUGUGAAUGUGUAGAUGUUUUGAGACAAUUUAAUGGUAGAGAAGAAGUAAUUCAUGUUGCAUUAAAUGUGUUGGAAGGUUCUGAAAUGCCAAUGUAUUUAAAGGUGAUGUUAAGAGGAAUAUCUGAUGAAGAAACUCCUUGGUGA